AUGCGUACUCUCGGCACUUUUGAGGUUUGUGCGCUCAGAGGUCACGAGCCAUCUCGCAACGGGAACUUGCUUGCACGCUCGGUAUAUCGCGAUUCUGGGUCCGAUGAAUGCCUACGGUUGACAGUCGAGUUACUCGGAAAUUGUUUAAACACGCAUGGAUCCUGCUGUGCCAACUAUCCUGUUUUAUCGCAACUACCAACAAGAGUUAUCGACACGGCCGGAGCGAACCCGAGGCUCAUCGACAGUGGCGGAAGAAAGGACAAGUUUGCUGCGCUUUCGUAUUGCUGGGGCGGCGACGGGAAUUUUAAACUUACCAGAGCAACAGAACAGUCAUUUCGUGACGGCCGACCGCUCAGUGAAUUUCCAGCUACUUUACGCGAUGCAAUUACAAUCUCCAAGGCUCUGGAUAUUCGAUUCAUUUGGAUUGAUGCCUUGUGCAUUAUUCAAGACUGCGAUCAAGACUGGGCACAUGAGGCCAGUAGAAUGCGUGAGGUCUACAGGGGAGCGGUGGUCACGAUAGCAGCAGCAUGUGCUUCCAAAGCUUCCGAAGGCAUCUUUCGAGAACGAGAACAGUCGGACCAACCCAGGUGCUGGCUUGACUGGAUAGAUGGGGCCCCAUCCACGUCAAAGGUUUUCCUACGGCCGGGGUCUGAGCUGUGGGACGAAAGAAUGCACCAAAGCGUCCUAAACACAAGAGGCUGGGUCCUACAAGAGACACUCUUAGCACCUCGAACGCUGUGGUUCGGCCACCAACAACUGUGUUUUGAGUGCCCAAGGGGUAGCAUUGAUGAAGGCGGCCGCUUCCUGAGGGUCACAGAGAUGUAUCGUAGCAAGGAGUACAUGCAAACACUGCGUAUGCGAAUUCUCCCCACGUGGAAGAGACGACUUCUUCCCCUUCUUCGACAUCUCAACCUUCCUACGACAUCGAUGUUCCUCUGGCCGUCUCUGACGGACAUUAUAAAAGCAAGAGAUUGGGAGACCAUUCGCCAUAGAGCUAUCCCUGCGAGGCCGCUCACUCUCCAGGGUGUGUUCCGACACCCAGGUGAUCCUGCUAUGCUAUCACAUUUCGACUAUUGGGUUCACAUCAUCGGGAACUACUCCAGUCGCAAUCUUACAAAGCCCACCGAUGUUCUUCCUGCGUUGUCGGGCAUUGCGAGCGAGUUUCAUCGGGCUACAGGCGACACCUACGUCGCGGGACUCUGGAAAAUGGACAUAAUACGAGGUCUCGGCUGGACAAGAGGCGGACUCAGAAGAAAGGCGGCGGGUGGGUGGACUGAACCAGAACCAACGCUACCCGAACAUUACCUUGGUCCAUCAUGGAGCUGGAUGAGCAUUCUCGGUAAAAGGGUCGAUUUCAUGAUCACGGACCAUUUUGAUCAUGUUGACCCAUUAGCAAAGGUUAUCAACAUUGAAAUCCAACCUGCUACAAAUGACCCUUUUGGCGCUUUAAAGGCAGCUAGCAUCACUCUCCAGGCUCCAGUACUAACCUUAGAGUCCGAAAAUAUCACUACUGCUCCUCCAACAUCACGAUAUCCGAAGCUAAUGGCAAGACUAUACAGUAUUUUCAAAUACCAAGGCCCUAGCGAAUUUGGGCAAAAGCACCAAGGUUACCCUGGGCAAAGGUUUAUCCUUCUGUAUCUGCUCAAGACUCGAGAUGCGCUGCGCGAUAGAGUGAACAAAGUUGGAGACGAAUAG